AUGGUCGGUUUGUACCUUGGUGACUUCGAAUCAGUCUACCGAAUUCUCCACAUCCCUUCUUUCUGGGUCGAGUAUGAAACAUUCUGGAGCAAUCCCGAGCAGGCCCCAACUGAACUUCGUCUCAAAAUACUUCUUGUGGUCGGGAUAGGCGCGAGUAUCCAUGAAACAGGUAUGAACGCUGGGCUUCGUCAUACCAUCCAUCGCUGGAUUUACGCCGCCCAAGCAUGGCUCUCCGGGCCAUUAGAAAAGGACAGGCUCACCGUUUCUGGGCUUCAAAUCGACUGCCUCAUGAUACUGGCCCGACAAAUCUAUUCGAUUGGCGCCGAUCUGGUUUGGACUUCGAUGGGGACUCUGCUCCACAAGGCCAUGCAAAUCAAUCUGCACCGCGAUCCAAAGCACCUCUCGGGGAUACCUGUUCUGCAAGCUGAAGUCCGACGUAGGCUCUGGGCGACUAUUGUUGAAAUGACGGUACAGGCAGCGUUAGACUCGGCGAUGCCACCUAGCCUCCCUGAGUCCGACACUGAGCCUCCUUCAAAUAUCAAUGAUGAUGAAAUCAGCGAGUCUACAACUGCUGUUCAAUCUCAUUCUAGCGGGAUAUACACUGCUACUUCGAUGCAACUUCUUAUGCUUGCCUCGUUGCCAGUCCGUCUGCGAAUACUGCAAAUACUAACAAGUUUGAGCCCGGAGAUAUUGUACCUCGAUGUGAUCGCAUUAAGCUCCGAGUUGACCAAUGUGCUUACCUCUAACUAUGAGUUUAUCAAGGACGACGCAGGAGCGAGCAUGAUUCCGUUUCAUCGUAAUCUCCUAGAUUAUCUCAUCAGGCGUUUCAUGAUACCUUUACACUGCCCGUUCACCGACAAAGCCCGCACAAACCCUUUGUUAUCGUCAUCUCUAAAAGCCACCCUCGAUGCAGCUAUGGCCAUCAUGUCACCAGAGCCCGAUGAUGCGUUCUCCAGAUUGAUGGCGAUCGGCGGUGGUCUCUUCAGAGAAGGCAUCUGGUGUGCCAUGACCGUCAUCAGUAUCGAGCUGUUAGCACAAACCGAGGCCCAGAGUAUUGAUGGAACACUGCACCGCAAUCACCGAUACAUUGGGCUUCUCAAGAACAUUGCUACUGACCUGCUUUCUAUUUCCGUUGAGCGCAUUCGUCAAGGCGAGUCCAACGUCAAAGGUCACAUGUUCAUGAGCAUGAUCAUAGCGCAGGUUGAGGCAAAAAAGUCGGGCGUCGAUAGCGAAUUCAGCAUUGCAAAAAGCGCCGAAAGUAGUCUCGAGCUCUGUCACGGUCUUUUGAUGACACUGGCCGACACUGUUUCCUUGGCGCAUUCGAGCGACGGUGAUUUUGAGUCGGGCGCAAGUCACCAUGGCGAGCUUGAAGAAUGCACUGGUUUGGAUCUGGACUUAGACUGGGAUUUCCUUUUACCAGAUGCAGGGUUUGCGUAA